AUGCUUCAUUCAUUUAAUAUAUUAUGUAAACUUCUGUUAAUAUUUACUACGCUGAUAGGUCACACGAAAUGCAAUCCGCCUUUGAAUACCGAAGAAUCGGUUAUCCAAUUGGGCUAUCCGCUGGAAAAAUACAAGCUCCAAACUCUGGAUAAGUUUACACUAGGCUUGGAACGGAUACCUUAUGGCAAACACGGCGACCGGACCAUUGGCAAGCCUAUCUUGUUGAUGCACGGUUUGUUCCUGAGUUCUUUCGUAUUCUCGAAUACGAAUAAAUCGUUGAGCUAUUCGCUAUCUGAGGCUGGAUACGACGUAUGGUUGUUCAAUGCCAGAGGAACAGGAUUGUCCAGAACAUACAGUAUUUACUCAAAGGCGGGAACGGCACCGAGAAUGAACAAGAUGUCAUGGGACUUUAGUUUCCACGAAAUGGGCGUCUACGACUUCCCGGCCGUCGUCGACUUUGUCCUGAAUAAAACAGGACGCGCUAAAUUAGACAUUGUCGGCUACUCGUUGGGCGCGACCAUUGCACUUGUCGGACUAUCAGAAAAGCCCUCGUACAACAACAAGAUCGACAAACUAGUGUUGAUGGCGCCUACGACCAGAAUGAUAUCGUACGGAUUUCCGGUCACUGCGUUUUACCGCGGUUCCUUGUUGUUUAAAUACACAAUGAAGGAGCAGAACUUUUUCCCAGCUGCUCAAGAUCCGGAUGCUGCACAUCGUUAUUUGAGAUGGUUGUGUACAUAUAGAAUUUUAUAUCCAUUUUGUUUACUAUACAUAGACACUGCACAAGGCUCUAGGCUUAAUUACAAAAGAGAUAUGGUGAUCAGUACUAUAACAGAUUUCCCACAACCGGUAUCGAAAAAAAUGUUAUUUCAUUGGGUUCAACUAAUGUCAUCAAAAAGAUUUUGUAAAUAUGACUAUGGAACAAAUGGAAAUAUGCAAUAUUACAACAUGAAAUCACCGCCAGAUUAUAAUUUGUCCAAAGUCACUACUCCAGUUUAUAUUUUACAUUCAAAAAAUGAUCAUUUAUCUGCAGUAAAGGACGUUAAUUGGUUGAGAAGUAAACUGCCAAAUGUGAAAGAUGUCUACUUCAUCAACAGCAUAAAGUUCGGGCAUCUGAGUUUCGUGAUGCAUGAAAACAUCGAUCGGCUAGUAAAUAAUAAAAUAAAGAAUGCAUUGUCAACAAAUGUAAAUGCAUUCAAUUAG